CAUAGAUCACCUUUUGACUCGGAUAACUAUGGCUAGUAUUCAGGAGCAAAAUCAGGCUGCUUUCCAGAAGCAGGAUAAGUUCUCUUACCGCAAGGUCCACCUCUUGGGCAAGAAGGCCAACCAGCGCUGGUACGCCAACAUUGGUCUGGGCAUCAAGACCCCCGCCGCUGCCAUCAACGGCAAGUACGUGGACAAGAAGUGCCCGUUCACUUCCGAUGUGACCAUUCGUGGAGCUAUUCUGAAGGGACUGGUCAUCUCCACCAAGAUGGAGCGCACGAUCAUUGUCCGCCGUGACUACCUGCGUUACGUCAAGAAGUACAGACGUUACGAAAAGAGACAUCGCAACAUCCCUGCUCACUGCUCCCCCUGCUUCGAUGUGAAGGAAGGAGACAUCGUGACCAUUGGUCAGUGCAGACCUCUCUCCAAGACCGUGAGAUUCAACGUGAUCGACCACGAGUCCCAGAAGUCCAAGGGUCUUUCCAACAUCCGUAAGCAGUUCCGUAUGUUCUAAGUCGUCGAUGAUGAGGAAUUAAGGUGAAUUAG